AUGGCAGCGCACACGAAGACGUUCGCGAGUCUUCGAUUCCCGCGCACUGGGAUGCGCAUUGUCGUGAAGGGCACCUUCAUCGAAGUUGUCGAGGAGGACAGCAGCCCUUCCGUGGAGAAGCUCGUAAAGAGGGCUUUCUCUUCGCCAGCCGCGUCGAUCAGGAGGGACGAACCUUCCUGGAGCAGGCAGGCGAGGGAGGUCGAGCGCCCCGAUGGCUCCCCUGACGUGGCCAAGCAGGCGAAAGAAGUGGAAGGCCGGGGUGGCCAUGAGUCAAAGACGACGGUGGCAAUCAGGAAUGUCCCCAUCCACAUUUCGCGCAACCAGCUCCUGCAAUGCAUCGACUCGUGGGGCUUUGCGGGCCUGUACGACUUUCUCUAUUUGCCGAUCGACUUCGCGAAAUUCCAGAAUUUUGGAUACGCGUUCUGUAAUCUGACGACACCGCAACACGCACAGCGCUUCCUGGCCGAGUCCGACGGCCUCAGCUGGGGCGAGCAUGGCGAAGGGCAGCUCGUCGUGAACUGGAGCCUGUCCCAAGGCCUGGACGAGCACCUCGACCGCUACCGCAACAGCCCGCUCAUGCACGAGAGCGUGCGUGACGAGUGCAGGCCCGUCCUGCUGCGGUGCGGCGUGCGCGCGGCCUUCCCGCCGCCCACCCGGAAGCUGCCCCGCCUCCGCCGCCUGCGCACCCGCUGCGGCUCGCCCGGGUCGGGGGGCCGCGGCGUCUCCGUGCGCGGGCUUGCCGCCGGCUGCCUGCUGAUCCCCGCGCUGUCCAGCGCACCGAGCGGGGAGAGCGAGGAUCCGGCCCUCACGGCCAACCCGCUCCACGCCGGCCUGGCGCGCGUCGCGCACCCCGCCGCUUCCGCGGCGCCGGCCCGGCAGAGGGCCGCGUGGGCGGACCUCACGACGACCUCGGCGACGACGGGCUGA